AAGGAGUAGGAAAAUAAUUGUGGAAGAAGGAAACUUGUAAUUUUGUUGGCAAAAAUUGCAAUAUGCAUUUAUAAAAAUCAGAUGUCUAGAAGAGAUAUGAAAAAUUGUAAAAUAUAUCGCGAGGGCGAAUUUAAGGCUGAGAAUGAGCCUGAAGAAGGGGAGAUAGUGGAUGACUACGACUUGAUAGUAUCCUCUGACGAAGAGUUGUCCAUGAUACAGCGUAUUCGCGAAUUGGAAGCUGAAAAUGAUGAAAUUGAACAAAUUGCUGUGAUAUCUAGAAGUUAUGUUGAUAAAAUUAAUCCCCUGGAGAAUAGUCGCGCUGCACAAGUACCUACUGAUGCAUCUUCUAUAUCAUCUACUGAGUUCGUUACACCAAAGAAACGUAAGAGACGAAAAAGUAGGGAGCAUAAAAGAAAACAUUGCCAUCACCAGCAUCAACAUCAGCAACACCACCAGUAUGAGCAACAUCCUCACUAUGAUCAACAACAUAUACCUCUAAAGACACGCUCAAGAAAAACGCAUUGCAAGAGACGGCAAAAAUUGUUUGCUAAAAAGCAUCAAAAAGUCCAUUCCGAUCGCUAUACACACAAAGAGAUAACUGCGGAAACAGUACCACUGGAGUCCCCUGAGUAUUCUGAUUCCUCAUCGUCAUUAACAGAUACUGAUAGUUAUAGUAAAAACUGGUUGUCAUUUAAUAGAAAAGAGGACACUUUUGAUUACGGUAAAUAUAUAUCUAGGGACACACUGCGCUUGGCUGUGGCCAGAAAUUCGAAUGAGUCGAUAUUUGCGACGAAAAAAUCAUGUUUAAAAGACAAGUUGAUGCGACAAGAAUUAGUUGGCCAGUCAGCAAAUAACGCUAUACAAAAUGAUCGGCUUGCCGUCGUUAGCGUUCCUGAGGAUGUCGAUGAUAAUGCUGAGGAUGACGAUGAUGAUGACGUACAGGUCAUUGAAAACGAGCCAGAUAUACAAACUAUUGAUGAGGAUUCAACAGAUUCAAUGGAAGAAAAGGAACUUCGUUUGAUUGCUUUAAAGUCGGCGGUGUUAAAAAAGCACAUGGCACGCAAAAUGCGUAAUGCUGAGGCUGCAUACUCACCAACAGACUUUGAGGAAAUGCUCUCGUCUGACAUCUUACGGCAGGAAAAUAAACUGGAUGAUAUAGAUGUGGUUGAUCUGGAUGCUGAUGAGUCCCAAAAUGGCUGUGUGACAGUUAGCCCUGUGGCAUCGCCUCAACUGAUGAUUUUAGAUGAUCAGGACGAAAGCCAACAAAUGGUCGACUGCAAACCCAUCGAUAUGGACAUAGUCAAUAGCGAUAGUGAUGACACAACCAUAGGCAGCUGGCCGAAAGAAGUUGAACCUGCAUUUCCAACAUUUUCGCUAGUAUCACACGAUUUUGCCAAUAAUUUCCAAUAUGGCUACUACAUGCAAGAACUACGUGAACUGCCACCACCCCCACCGGGAGUCGAUGACUAUGAGGAUGUACCCCCACCACCUCCCUACCAUAAAAUUUACACUGCAGAAAACUUGCAAGACAUGGAAUUAGAAAAUGAGGAAUUGAACGAAAAUCAACAUUGGUUUGAGAAUAAUGAUAAUUACACUCGCGAAAGCAACCAAUCAGAACCUGAUAAAGCCUCACUUUUGCCACCAACAGUAAGUUACAAAGAAGAUGUCGAAGAUGAAGAGGAGGAGGCAUUAAGGGCUCUUUUGCUAUCAAAAUUCCAAUCACCCAAGAACCAAAACAAAAUAAAGAGACCAAAUGAAGCCACUGAAUGCCAAGAAACUUCGAACUAUAAUUUAUUGGCCGAACAAUGCCACUCUAAACCAAAAAAACCUACAGAGUUUAUCCUUAAAGAAGCUGUUAAGCGAUUGAAAAUUCACUCUCAAACCGAUCUUUGUAAAGGGGAGUCUUCAGACGAUUUUAACAAUCAAAGCAAAUUCGGUCUAACAAUAAAACCACUUGAAUGUAGUGAAAAUAAUAGUGAUUCUUUAACAUUACUGAACAAAUUAAGAAAUCGAUUGAAUAAAUAUAAAAAUCAAGCGCAAUCAAUUACAUCAGAUCGUCCAUAUCAUGAAGACAUUGAAGAAUGCGAUGCCGAAGAAAUAGUACAAAAAGUUGAACACUUGGACGUCGCUCCAGAGAACACUAAUAGUUUUAUCUGUAGGGUUGCAAAUGACCAGGAACACCCAAUAGCAUACUCAAAUGCUUCAGAAGUAACGAAUAAAAUUGAUAUUUCCGACAUAACAAGAAGACUGCAACAAAUUAAAGAAAACGUUCUUAAUUCUACUAACAAACAAUCACCUCAAGUGCCACCAACGAAUUUAGAUUCUGGUCCACAAGUUGAAGACAUAUCCCAACGGUCUAAAGAGAGCAUUAAAGUUACUGAAAAUAUUAAAGACGAUGAAGAAAAAAAUCAACCACUCUCUGAAAAAAUAUGCCAUCUCCAUAAGCCAUUUAAUAAUAACAAUUUAGAUAAUUUAGUUUCCACAAAUAAUGAAUUUAAUGCUAAUAAUGCUUCCACAAAAGAAAAAACAGUUGAAGCCAAUUUUGAUGUCACUACAAAUCAAACAAUUUUCAAAGUCACAAUAAAAAAUAGUACAGCGAUUAAAGCAGAAGACGAAGGUAUAACAGACGCAGUCAGCGAUGUUUCGUUCAAAGAAAACAAGGCCAACAAUGUGUCCAAAAACAUAAAACCGAAAGCUAAUGUCAAUUCAAAAUGUAAAGUUGCCGUAAAUAGUGAAAGAUUAGUAAAAAUCAUUAGUAAAACUACUGCAUCCAGUGCUGAGAUAAAACCACAAGCUGUUAAAGCAUCCACCGCGGUUAAAGCGAUUGUAAACAAAGCCCCAACAACCACCGUACCUACUACAUAUUCAUUGUUACGCACUACAAAAAUAGUAAAACCAAAUAAAGUCAUCAAUGCAAACUUCGAUUUGAGUCGUAGGCAAAAUUCACAAGCAAUCGAAUCUACAUCCGCAACAAAAGUAACAAGGACCGAAGUAAGUAAUCAAGUGUCUGGCGGAACUGAAAACUCGCGUUUAAUUACCUCAAUGGAGCAGGUGAAACACAUGUUUAAAGUUGCUCCAUUCGUUAUAAGUGUUCAGAACUCUUCCAACGAAUCCAGCGGGGACGAGUGGGGCGAUGAAUAUGAUUCACUGAAUAAAUCAUUGUACGAUUACAAUGACAAUGCUAGUCCCCUGAGUUUAAAUUUGGAGAGUCCAUCCCGAACACCUUUACGAUCGAAUUCUCCAACGGAUCCUGGUUUGAAUGCAAGUACUAAAAUUACAGACAUGGAUGCAAAAUUAGAUGCAUUUUUAAAGAAAGCAAGAACUUCGGUGCACACUGCAACCCAUCAAAGCAGUGAAUCUGAUCAAGGCGAAAAACUCAAUAAAACGCCACUGGCCGUACGACAUUUACCAGCUGCGGCUCAAAGUGAAUACAGAAGACUGGUGCAUCGCAUGAAAUUGCUGGAGAACAAACGAAAAUCUUCCAAUGCUGAUGAGAGUACAAAUGAACACAACGCUAGCAUGAAGAAUGAAGCCAGCUUGACUGUUAAAGAAGACCUUAGUAAAGAGAAAGAUAACAAUAAAGCUGAUUCUACAAGUUCUACGCCCAAAGCUAGUCUCGUUAAGAAGGUGCUAAUAAGAAAUGCAACAACUACGAAUGAAUCGCAAUUAGCGAAUGACUCUGCUGCAACAUCAAUGUCUCGUAAAACCAAUAUUUUGCGAUCCUAUGAAAAUUUAUACGUUAAAUUCGGGGCGGGUAUUGUGAAUAACUUAGAUAAGUCAUUAAAGCUAGUUGAGGAAGCCAAAAAAGCGAAAACAACAAAAUUAAAGCUGGAAACCCGUCUGAAGGAACUGAAGGCUGAAAUGGAAAUUUUGCAGAGCAAACACAAGGAGGAGCAACAGAAAAUAUCACGUAUCUAUCCUAGUAUUUGCUCUACCAACGAGGUGAUCACAUCUCUGAAACAGAAACGUUCCAAAGUCUUUAAGGCGGCUCUUAACUUGGGCAAAACUCUGAAGGGUGAGGACUAUAGACUUAAUAACGAUUUGAAAGAAAGUAUAACAACUAAAAGUAAACAGUUGGCGACGGAAAUAAAAAUUGUCAAUUCACUGAAAGCUCAAGAUAUUAACAAUAUGGAGGGUGCACUUAAAACUGGCGCCAUCGCGAAGGAACUGACUGAUAAUAAAAAGAAAUCUGUUGAAGAUUGUAAAACAAAGUCAAACCAUGAAAAUAUAGAGAACAAAUUAAAUGACAAUACCGCGGCGAUUUGUUCUGAAAGGGGCAAAGAAAUGGAAGAGGAAAAUAGAUUCGAAAUCCCUCUAAAAUCUGACGUUGGCGGUAAUACAGAAUUUCAGAAUAUGGAAUCCCACAAGACAACGAGUCCAGUUAAAUCCGAGGAUACUUGUCGACAGGACGCGGAUACAAAAUCGACCAAUACAGAUGCCAAAAACGAUGCUAAAGGAACAUCCUCUCUGCCAUCAUACAUUUCCCCCUUAGAGCAUUUAAGAAAUAUCGACAGCAAUAUGGACCCUAAUGGCGUUGUUUGCCCCUACGAUCUCAUGGGAAAUUGCGAAGAUGUCACUUGUAAAUAUGUACACAUAACUCCGAAAGCUAAAACUUAGUAAAUCAUUAUUUCAUUCAGGGUAAGUUUUAUAUAGUAUGUAUGCAUAAGUACCUAAAACCUAAACCAAUAUACAUUCGUAAGUCAAUCAAAUUCCUCCUCCUUCAAUAGGCAAGCAAGGCCUUAAGAGAAGGUAUAAUUACAUUACAUAUGUAUAUAUAAAAUCGGUGUCUUUUUGGUGUUUGUAUACAUAGUUUAUUCUGAUUUGUUAUGAUUUUAUUGCAUUUCACAAUUAUAUUUUGUAAAUACAUUCAAUUAUAUUAAUUUUGUUUGUUAGUUGUUAAUAAUUAUUAUUUUUUUUCCUCGAUUAGUUUUUUAUCCCUUUACUACUUCAUCAAAUUAUGUUGUCAUUCGAAUUCAUGUAAUCAUUUCAUUUCAAAAAUUAGCAAAGUGCCAUUAUUUAUUAAAAAAAAAGACACAGUUCAAUUUAUUUAGGAAAAAACAAAAGGACACCUGAUUUUAUAAUGUUUUUUUAUUUUUUUUUUUUAAAUUAAAAUUUUAAUUUUUUACGUUUUUAUAAUGUUAUGCUAAGAAAAAACAAAUGGAAAUUAUAAUAACUUAAAAACAAAGAAAAUAAAAGAAAUAAAAGAAAUAUUUUUAAUGAAAUAAAAAUGAAACAA